AUGAACUAUGAACGAGCAAUGUACAAGUUCAUCCUAUAUUGGAUUGCCGUUUUGUCUCGCUUUCUCGCUGCUGAUUGGAUUCCACCACCUAUUAAUCUAGCAAAUUACGAUGCCUAUGGUUCUUUGAUUACAAUGAACGAGCAAUUAAUCAUUCUUGCACAAAAUGAUAUAAGACACUUUCAAAUUGUCGUUGAUCCGUUUACGAAUCAUUCAUGUCGAUGUGCUCCGCGUUAUAUUGCUGUGCAACAUGGCAUAAAUUCUUUUGCCGAUUAUAUCUAUUCAGUAGCGAUUGGUUCGAAACAAGAAAAAAAUGAAACAAAUUUUUAUUUUGCAUUCAUCGAUGAAGAUCAAUUCAGAAAUGUAUUUUUAACAAUUGUUUAUUUCUACAUAGCUCUAUCACCAUCUAUUUGUGUUUAUUACGCAGAUCAUUUCGAUUUUAAUGUCACGGACCUUGCUUUCUCAGAACAAGUAAUAAUUGCCAUGGAUCCAAAUGGAACUCGCGUCUAUGCCGUUGGAUUCCAUCACACUGUUAUCAUUGAUAUCAAAACAAAAGUUGAUCGAAUCUAUCACAAAAAUGAUGUUUUCGGUCUUGGUCUAAUUGGACCACCACCGUUAGGUUUGGAUGAAAUACAUGUAUUCUCUAAAGCAAUGUUUGUUAGUGAAGAUCAUCGAUUGUAUCUUGUCGGUCAACGACAUUACAAUUUUCAAUAUUUAGCCUAUUUACAUGUACUCGACUACUCCGAUCUCGAUCAUAAUCGUGUUCGACUUAUCUCAGUCAAUGAAUUGUCAGCUUUCAAUUUUGGCACUGCAGCACAACGUAUUACACGUUUUUCCGCCAUGUCUAUACAUGCAUAUUUUGACGAAGAAGAAAAAAUUAUUAUUAUUGGCAUACCUCAUGUAGAUAUAAUUUUACUCUUAUCAUUCAAUCGAACACAUUCACCGGUUAUAAUCAAGCGGCAUGAAUCGGUGAAUAAAGGUGUUGGAUUCGGAAAAUCGGUUGCUUUCUUUCAUGAUCAUACCUACGCUGUUCUUGCCCAUGGUCAGUCAACUCUACCAUGGUCUACAUCACAAGUACAAAUCUAUUCAGUUUACGAUGAAAGUAAUCAACCACUUUUCGUCUUUCCGAACAAUCAGCAGACGAUUCCAACCAUGAAUCUAAUUCAACCACCAUACGGCAUAUUGACUCUUGUUUCUUACGACAUGAAUGUUGGACUUGUCGUCGAAGCUGGUGGUUUUCUGUUGCUACCAGCGAGUUCUCCUGGUUAUUGUUCAUCUCAAAUCGGUGAUCAUCUUCUCUAUGCAGGCAAUUAUAUUUCACUACCGUGUCCAAUCGGUACGGCAAGCAAUACAACUAGUUUUGGCCCGUGUUUUAUUUGUCCUCCUAAAACAAAAAAUAACGGAAGUUCAGGAAUGAAUUGUGAAGUAUGUUCAAGCAAUGAGUCUCUACUUUGUUUACGUGGAACGAAGAUGGAAGUUGAAUGGAACAAAUUGUCGAGUUUUAAUCAAGCCAAUCCCUAUCCGGAUUCACCUGAAACAAAAGAAUUCGAUGAUGUUCUCCUACAGAAUGUAUUUAAAUUUGGUACUUUAUCUAGUCACUGUUUAUUUAUUUCACCAUUAUUUUGGGCAACAUUGGCGAUCGGUUUCAGUUUCAUUGUCGUCAUUAUCAUGGGCAUUUUGGCAUUUUAUCCUAAACGAAAACCUCAUCGUACGUUCGUACAAAAGAUCUUCACGCGUAUUGAUCUCAUUGGGCACGGUGAACUCUGGCUUGGUGGACUUGUUUCAGUAGUACUCAUCAUUUUGAUUGGAUUCACGUGCAAAUUUAGUAUAUCAUUUUCGAAUCUUUAUCCGAUUGAGAUAAUCUCAGCAAGUACACAUUCGUCUGUGAUAUGCGAUCCGAAUUUAAUCAAUGCAAAAUUUACAAGUGCGCUUCAACUUCUGUCCAUCCAUAAACAUGAUGAGGAAGAGCCAAUUUUUCAAUUACUCGAUGAACAACAAAUUGUUCUUACAACGCAAUUUGUCAGUACAGAAUUUCAAUGUGAACAUGUCACUAUGCAACGAAAUAUGGAUAAAGGACAACAGACUCUAUCUUCUGAUUUCAACUGCACAACGGAUAAUGAGAGUAAUAUUGUCUCAGUAUCAACACUUCUUCCUCAACAUCUGAUCGUGGUUCAAUUCAGUCUUACAGGAUCAUCAUUUGUCGGUGGUCUUCGCAUCUGUUUCAAUGGUCCAUCAACUAGUCAAAGCAACGGAAAAUAUACUAUUCAAAUGCUCAAUUUUUGUCGAUUCUUUUUCACUACCAAUGAAACUCUUACGGUAAAUUCGAUUGUCAAUGCUAAAAUGACAAAAGUUAUCAACCGGACAGCACCUUUGUCAAAAAACGAUGAAUCUAUAUUCACGGGACGUUGGCUUCCUACUCUUACCAUGAAUACUCUAGCGGAUGCUCUUCUAUUCGAACAAAGAGGAAAAUAUCAACGCUAUUUAUCAAAUCAAAUCGUACUUGUUGUCGAUCUAACUGAAUCAGAAUUUUACUUAGAAAAUAGUCAAGAACCUAUCGCAAGACCCAAUGAAAUCGCAUUUCAAACUGUUCUAUUUUCGAGUGAGUUCAUUUAUUCUUAGAAAAACAAAAUAGAUAAAUCAUAUAAUUUGUUCAUUUUCUAUAUUCAGUGUUAUGUCUCGAAUUAUUUGGUCUUCUCUUUUUAAUCUUCAAAUUGCUCAUCAGUCCAUUCAUACCAAUAGUAUUAGAGCGUUAUUUUAAGCGUACGAAUAACGAUCAACGUCGCAUGCUCACUCAAUUUAUUCUGCAACGUAUUAAUGAAGCAAUCGAUGAAUAUGAAAUGAAAAAUAAGCUAACAAGAGAUUCGAUAUAAUGCAAAAUACAAUCAUUUGAUGUGAGUCAAAACGAUGGAGCGAAUCAAAUCACGCAAAGAAGAAUAUCUGUCUCUCAAUCAAAUAGAAUUAAAAGUAAAUUUGUUGUUUUUUGAAAAAAAACACUAGUGCGCCGCUCGAUUUACAGUUCUGUAUAUUUAUGUGCUGAAAGAAACGUUGAUAUCUGAAAAUACCAAGUUUUUGAAUAGUGAAUUCAUUGAUUUUUAUCUCUCUUCAGGACAAUGUUUGUGGUUCAUGUUCGAAUGGACUUAUUAUUACAACAGAAUCCAUCAUGGGUGUGGGUGUGUGAGUGUGGGGUGUGG